UUGAAUUGAACUCGGUGAACUGUGAGAUAACACGUUAAAUGUCUGUCUUUCAAUAUUACACUUCUUUCCAGUGUUAUAGAUUUGUGGACAACAUGGUGGAACACACAGCGUUAUUCUCUGUCGUCAAGGUCUUCCUUAUCGUCCAUGCUUGUUCCUUGGUGACGUCAGCAAAGUCAUCUGUAUGUCAUUUACCUAUGGACCCCGGGGAUUGUGAUGGCAUAUGCCCCCGCUGGUUCUUCAACACACAUUCUGGCAGGUGUGAGGAGUUUUCUUACGGAUGUUGUGGCGGGAAUGCCAACAAGUUCCGCACAGAGCAAGAGUGCCUGAAUGCCUGCAACAACGGAUGUCCAAAUGGCCAAUCCACCAUUGUUUGUAAAGCGCCUGCGUGCCAAGUGACGACCUGUCCAAAUUACCCAUCAGCCACCUGCACGGAGGUCUGUAACAGUUGCGUAGCCAUUUUCACGUCAGACGGUGUUGACGUCACAUCUCGAUGCCAUCACUCUUUUGGAUAUUGAAGCCGAAUAAAGUGAAACAAACA